AUGACGGACGAAACGAUAAAAUUCGUGCAAUUAAUAGAAAAAUAUCCCCUCAUUUAUAAUAUCACGCUGAAGGAAUGCUCUCGAAAGGAUUUAACGGAAAAAGCUUGGUCAGAGAUUGCUGAAGUGAUGAAAUGGUCAGGGGCAGAAUGUAAGGAGAAAUGGAAGAAUAUACGGAAUGGAUUUGUCCGAAGUUUAAAACCGUCUCCCAGUGGUUUUUCGGNGAAGCCCUACUAUUUUCGAGACAUAUUGGAGUUUGUUUUGCCGUAUGUUCGACCAGUCCAGCAUUUGGAACACACCGCAAACUUCGAAAUAAAGGAAUCUGAUGUGCACCACUACGAGGAAGUAGAAACAACUGAAGAUGUUGACCACGGCGAUAUUAAUGUAGUGGCUGAAAAACGCAAUCAUGCCUUUGCCACUCCUUUAU